UACCGCAGACACGCCGCGCGCCACCGGCACCUGCCCGCCAAGCACGCGCCCUUGAGCGAGGCAAUGUACGGUGAGCGCGCGGGGCAGUGCCCGACGCCGGUGAAGGCGGAGCCGGCGCUGGCCAGCCCGAGUGAGGCGCGCGGCCCGCUGCUGCGCUCGCCGGACUCCAGGGAGGCGGACGACGCCGACCCUGACAUCAUACCUAGUCUUUAUGAGCGGAGGCCGGUUUCUAACGGCUACAUGAGUCUGCAGCGGCCGCCGACCGCCAGCAAACCAAGCAAGCCGGGCGAGGAACCCGAGCCCGACGCGGCCGGCUUCUAUGCCGAUCUUAGGAAAAAAGAUUAUAAGAUACCUCUUACUAGUUCGUACCAUAGCUUAGGGCGCGCGCACAAGGGUGGUGUGGCGUGCGGUGCGGGCGCGGGCGCGGCGGUGACGUCAUCGCUCACCGCGCACCGGUUACGUCCC